GGGAAGAAAUAGCUAGCAAAAAGAAACAAGUGAUAUCCAAUCCACCAAACCUUUGAAUUUUUCGCAUAUCCGCCCCGAGGCCUUACGCCUUGGACAAAUUUGAUCUCCAUUAAUAUAAUACAAUCACUCCAUAGAAUACACCAGUAAACAAAGAGAGGGAGAGCGUGCAACCACGACUGAUCAGACAAAGAGCACCACGUUAGUAGCGGCCAAUGGUCGGUUGGUAAUGUUCACUAGCUGCACAUACAGUACUCUCUUGAACACAGGACACCCUCCCUUUCAAUCCAAGUCUCUCUUUCUUUAGUACUCAAAAAACUCUAAAGCUAAAGCAAAACCCCAUAACCCUCUCAUCAAUAUUUUUGUGCCAAAACUAAUCAAAGGCUACGAAUUACUAUCUGCUUUUCUCUAAUAUCAUGAGGAAGCUUUGUCCAAAUUUUGAUCGUGAAGACGGGCUCGACACUGUUCUCGAGGUUCCAAUCCCUGAAGAAAUGUUUGCUUCUAACAAGCAUGGUAAUAGGUCAUGGCAAAACAUGAAAGCCUGGAUGAGACCACACAACGAAAGGUCCGUGACCACUCUUUUUGGAGGCAAAAACACUGAGAUUCAACUCUUGCUUGGUGUUGUUGGUGCUCCAUUGAUCCCACUUCCCAUCCUCUGUGAUCACCAGUUCAUCAACCGUAACAUCAAAGACCACCCUAUUGAGUCAUCAAUGGCAAAAUACAUAGUGCAACAAUACAUAGCAGCAGUGGGAGGAGAGAGAGCUCUGAAUUCAGUGGACAGUAUGUAUGCAAUUGGGAAAGUGAAAAUGGUAGCAUCAGAAUUUUGUGCAGGCGAAGGGAGUUUGAACAACAAUAAGACGCUGAAAGUGAAGAAUCAGAAACAUGGAGGUGGAGAAAUGGGAGGGUUUGUUCUAUGGAAAAAAAGACCUGAUUUAUGGUGCUUGGAAUUAGUGGUUUCUGGGUGCAAAAUUAGUGCUGGCAGCGAUGGUAAGGUGGCUUGGAGACAAACCCCAUGGCACCACUCUCAUGCAUCUAGAGGCCCACCUAGGCCUCUUAGACGUUUUCUCCAGGGUCUUGAUCCAAAGUCUACGGCCAACUUAUUCUCCAAUUCUGUUUGCACUGGCGAGAAAACAAUCAACAAUGAGGACUGUUUCGUGCUAAAACUUGAAGCUGAGCCCUCGUCGCUAAGAGCAAGGAGCACUAACAAUGUAGAAAUAAUUAGGCACACAGUAUGGGGCUAUUUCAGCCAAAGAACAGGUUUGUUGGCUCAAUUAGAAGACUCUCACCUUCUAAGAAUUAAAACCUCAGGCGAUGACAGCAUUUUUUGGGAGACCACAAUGGAGUCAUCAAUUCAAGACUACCGAACCAUAGAUGGGAUUAACAUAGCAUACAAGGGUAGAACUUCGGUCUCGUUGUUCAGGUUCGGUGAGACCUCAGAAAGCCAUUCAAGGACACGAAUGGAGGAGAUUUGGGCUAUUGAAGAGGUUGAUUUUAACAUAAAAGGAUUGUCCAUGGAUUGCUUUUUGCCACCUAGUGAUUUGAAGAAAGAGGAAGAAGGGUGUGAUAAUGUUGCGAUUAGCAACAGUGCAAGAAUAUUACCUUUCAAGAUUCGAUCAGCUUCUUCUAGGAUUAGUGUAUCUAAGGUUGUUGCUAUCGAUGAUGUUGAUGACUCGGAUGAAAUUUACGAUGAAGACGAGGAUCGCGAAUAGUUGUAGAUUUUUGUUCUUUCCGUGUAAAUAUAUAAAUCCAGCUAUAUGCACUUUAAUUUUGUAUUUUUUUUUCUUCUCUUUGCUUGAUCAACUGGCUACACAGGAACGGGUAACGGUAGAGCUCAACAUUUUUCCAAUCUCAA